AUGUUUUCAUUUCAGUUCAUUUCAGUGAUAUUGUAAACUUACGAACAAAAAAGUACAGAUAAAUGGAAUCCCAAAAAACAUAUAAUGUUCUUUUGGUGGGUGAAACCGGUGUUGGCAAGUCAACAUUUAUAAACACCAUUUUUAAUUACCUGGCUUACGAUAAAUUAUCAGAUAUAAACCAGUUAAAACAUUCAGUCGGGGUAAGAUUUACAUUAAUGGAUGAUGAUUUUACAGAAAGAAGAAUUGUGAUUGGUGAAGAUAGCAAUGAAGGGCGUUAUGCUGGAAAAUCUGCUACGAUACAAGCACAAAACCAUCGUAUUCCUUUACCAGAUGGUUCAAUUUUAAAUAUAAUUGAUACCCCUGGAUUAGGAGAUAAUCAAGGUAUUGAAAAUGACCACAAAAACUUCGAAAAAGUCUUAGAAUUUAUAUCAGAAAUGGAAUAUUUACACGGAAUCUGUAUAAUGCUGAAACCAAACAAUUCAAGAUUAAGCGUGAUAUUUGAGUAUUGCCUCACAACUAUUUUGGGUCAACUGGAUGAAAAUAUUCGUAAAAAUAUAAUUUUUCUUUUCUCAAAUGGGCGUUCGAGUUUUUAUACACCAGGAGAUACUCAAAUACCUUUAGAAGAAGUUUUAAAAUCGGCGGAUACAACAAGCAGAAAUCCUAUUCCUUUUAAUAAACAAAAUACUUUUUGUGUUGAAAGUGAUUGGUUCAGAUAUGUUGCUGCUAAAUCAGCUCAGGUUAAGUUUAACGAUAAUCAAGUUUCUAAUUUUGAGGAUAGUUUUAAAAAAUCAUCGGAAGAAGUUAUAAGAAUGAUAAAAUAUAUUAAAUCGUUAGCUCCACAACAAAUUAAAGGAUUGUUAUCGAUUAACGAGGCUAAACGUAUAAUACGUCGAUUGUCAGCAACGAUCGCAUCUAAUUUAGCAACUCAAAGAAAAAACUGGAGACAACUUAACGCCGUUAAGAAAAAUACAAAAACCAAUUCAAAUACCAAUAAAAAACCCGAAGAAAAUUUGAAGCCUGGAAGAAAAUUACCAGGAAAUCAACCACCAAGAGUAAGAACCCAUCAAUCUCCAGCAACAACAAAACUUGGUGGAUCUUCUGAUAGAAAUUGUAAUCAUAACCAUCAAUCAAAAUUUUAUGAGCAAGGUGUUGAACCGACAAUCACCUUAGAAGUAAAAAUUGAUGAAGAUCCUGAUGGGAAAACCAAUCAGAAUGAAAAUGAAACAGAUACAAACAAAGCAAAACAAGAACAGGACGACAUUGACGGUUUAAAUCACGAGUUUAUUACAUUAUUACAUGCAGCGGCUCAAUUUAACAUAUUUUUAAAAGAAAACGUUCCAUUUAACCCUUUGGAUGAAAUUCAAGAUCACCUUGAGAAGAUGAAAAAAGAGAGCGAAACUCUCAAUGAUAAACAAAAUGUUACUAUGUACCACAAUAUUUUGAAAAAGUAUGAGGCUAAAAAGAAAUCUAUUAUUGGUGUUACUCUGAAAGAUAUCGAUGAAACCAUCAAAAAAUUGUUUAAUUUAAAACAUUCGGGGCCUUCAUUGAAAAAAAAAUUAGGAAUUGAUGAUGAGAAAAAAACGGAAACUGAACAAAACGAGAAAGAUACAAUUAACGUAAAAAAACCUGAACCAAAAGCGCAGGGAGAAUUGGAAGUUGAUAAUAAACAAGCGUUAGAAACGAGGUCCGAAGAUAUUGAAGUUCAUCAUACAAUCAAAAAGUCUGAGCAAAAGCAAAGUGAUGAUGUGGUUGAACCAAAAACUGAGCAAAAUCCGGAGAAUACCAGAUGCAUAUUAUUUUCGGGUUCUAAACCAAAAGUUUCUUUACCCGAGUGAGUUUAAAGUUAUUAAAGUACACAAUAAUAUAUUGUUUGUAAAAAGAUUAAUGUAAUUUAGAAAAUAAAAUUGCCU